AACGAGAGUACGUAGUCGAGCGACCGUCCCGCUGUGGCCACGAGCUCGAUGCUCGCGUAGGUAGUGAGUGACUUCUUGCGAGCGGACAAACGGCUCUUUACCCCCGGGUAGGAGGUAAAGAAAGUGUGGGUUGGACGUCGAAUUGGAUAAGGUGUUUGUUAUAUAUUUAUUGCUCUGGUGGACACACUACAGGAGAGGAUUAUUUAAACAUUAUUCAUUUAUUUCGUGUAACAGAUCGCGGUACUCAUACCUUAGGAUACCUUGGAAUAUAUACAUCUAUAAUAAUAAUAAUAAUAAUAGGAAUAAUUAUUAUUAUUUUUUUAAAAUACGUCACGCAGGGCUGGAAAGUAGUACAGUGCUUAGAAAAUUUAUUAAAUUUUAAUUUCGAUUAUAUAUUUUUAGUUCUAUAAAUUUGAUGACAAAUAUGGCUGGUGGAUUGACAUAAGAGUUCGGUCAUCAAUUUUUUUUAUUUUUAUUUUUUUAUUUAAAUGUGGAUGCAUUAUAAUUUAUUGUGAGUGAAUAGUGGCGGUGACAAAGUGGAUAAAAAUAACGGAUAAGGGUGGAUUUGUGGUUUUGCCAGUGCCUAAACGGGAUCGGAUGUUAUGCGCCGGUGGUACACUGGUGGUUGAAGUGUUACGAGGUGUGUACGAGAAGCCGGAUAAAAAAAAAAAAAUAUUUGUGCUGGUGGUUAACGAAGUGUUGGUACGAGUGCUGGCUAAAGAGAACGAGAACGAGAACGACGACGAGGACGAAGACGACGACGCAAACGAAAACGAUAAAUCCGAUGCAAGACCAAAAUCAAGACCAAUAUCGGGUUAAUUAUUGCAAUCGCUGCUAGUACUACUACUUAUAUUAAUACUAAUACUAAUACUACUACUACUACUACUACUACUACUAGUACUACUACUACUACUGCUACUAUUAUUAUUACUACUACUACUACUGCGACUACAUAAAUUAUAAGGAUAAGGAUAAGGACAAAUAAGUCCUUGAGUGGAUGAGGUGUUGACACGAUUGUGGUAUUUGUGUGUUUAAUUUUAAGUGCUGUGUGUGUGUGUGUGCAGAUUGGUUGGGUGUAUUUGUGAGUAGCUGUUCGGGGGUGGGUGUUUCUGUGAGAUCAUCGCCAGCAGGGCAUAGGCUCGAACGCAUGUAGGAACAUGGCCGCAUCUAGCCCCUGCCUCCCUCUAGAGGUUGGCAGCAGCGCAAGAGGCGGCACAAAGGGACCCUGGAUACGCGAGUCAGUACAGGAGAAGGCAGAGGUCGGCCGGACUGAGUGGUCUCGGUGACUGGGCUAACUUUGGAGGGGAGUCACCUGGUCUGGUGGACAUGCCGGCAGGCCGGGAUCAAGGAGGAGGGGCGGGUGCCGGCGGGGGCACAAAAGGACCCUCGUCGUUGUUUAUCCUGUCGGAGGACAACUGUAUACGUAAGCACACCCGUUUUAUAAUCGAGUGGCCGCCCUUCGAGUACGCCGUCCUACUAACCAUCAUCGCCAACUGCGUGGUGCUCGCCCUCGAGGAACAUCUGCCGAAGCACGACAAGACCAUCCUAGCCCAGAAGCUCGAAUCAACGGAGAUAUAUUUUCUCGGAAUUUUCUGUGUCGAGGCAAGUCUUAAGAUCCUGGCGCUUGGUUUUGUUUUACAUCGUGGGUCUUAUCUUCGCAACAUCUGGAACAUCAUGGAUUUUUUUGUCGUCGUCACUGGGUUCAUCACGGUGUUCUCGCAAGGUGUGAGUAUGGAGAUGGAUCUGCGUACGUUGCGUGCAAUACGUGUGUUGCGACCGCUCAAACUAGUCUCCGGCAUCCCAAGUCUCCAAGUGGUGCUCAAGUCUAUCAUCAAAGCUAUGGCACCGUUGCUACAGAUUGGUUUGCUGGUACUUUUCGCUAUCGUGAUAUUUGCCAUCAUCGGGCUCGAGUUUUAUUCGGGUACUUUACACAAAACAUGCUACAGUAUAGAAGAUCCUAGUAAAAUAGUAAAGGAAGGUGAUCUAGCAAGUCCUUGUAAUACAGAUUAUAAGCCAGACGCACCUGUGGGUGCACACGUAUGUAAUCCGGAUGUGUCAGUGUGCAGAGAAAAUUGGGAGGGACCAAACGAGGGCAUCACAAGCUUCGAUAACAUCGGCUUCGCCAUGCUCACCGUCUUCCAGUGUAUCACUAUGGAGGGCUGGACUGCCAUAUUGUACUGGACGAAUGAUGCUCUCGGUAGCUAUUUCAAUUGGAUAUAUUUUAUACCAUUGAUCGUCCUCGGGUCUUUCUUUAUGCUGAAUCUAGUUCUCGGAGUGUUAAGCGGAGAGUUUGCAAAGGAAAGAGAAAAAGUGGAAAAUCGUCAGUCAUUUCUAAAAAUGCGUAGACACCAACAACUAGAGAGAGAACUUAAUGGCUACGUCGAGUGGAUCUGCAAAGCAGAGGAAGUCAUACUUGCUGAAGAACGGACUACAGAAGAAGAAAAAAUGCAUAUUAUAGAAGCAAGAAGAAGAGCCAUAAAAGCACAAAGAAAAAAGUUAAAAAAUCUUGGAAAAAGUAAAAGUACAGACACUGAAGAAGAAGAUAAUGAGGACGAUCAAGGCGAUGAGCCUAAGAAAAAACUGAAAGGGUUCUCGAGAGCUUCGUAUCUCAGGUCGAGGGUCAAGAACCAGGGCGCUUGCCUUCAAUUCUGGCGAGCUGAGAAGAGAUUUAGGUUUUGGAUACGGCACACUGUCAAAACGCAGUCAUUCUACUGGUUUGUCAUUGUCCUUGUGUUUUUCAACACGGUCUGCGUUGCUGUUGAGCACUACGAUCAACCACAGUGGCUUAGUGAUUUUCUUUAUUACACCGAAUUCGUAUUUCUCGGACUCUUCAUGUGUGAAAUGUUCAUAAAGAUGUACGCCCUGGGACCACGCAUAUACUUCGAAUCAAGUUUCAAUAGAUUUGACUGCGUGGUAAUAUGUGGGUCGAUAUUUGAAGUGAUAUGGUCGGCGGUUAAAUCCGGCUCAUUUGGUCUCUCCGUCCUGCGUGCCCUGCGACUCCUUAGGAUAUUCAAAGUGACAAAAUACUGGGCGAGUCUGAGGAAUCUCGUAAUAUCGCUGCUCAACUCGAUGCGCAGCAUCAUUUCCCUUCUAUUCCUUCUCUUCCUCUUCAUUCUCAUAUUCGCCUUACUCGGCAUGCAACUAUUUGGCGGUCAAUUUAACUUUGAGACAGGCACACCGCCGACAAACUUCAAUACUUUUCCUAUCGCGUUGCUAACUGUCUUCCAAAUCCUGACCGGUGAGGACUGGAACGAGGUAAUGUAUCAAGGCAUUGAAUCUCAAGGCGGACAUAAAAAAGGAGGGAUGGUUUACUCGUUGUAUUUCAUCGUCCUUGUACUCUUCGGUAACUACACUCUGCUUAACGUAUUCUUGGCUAUCGCUGUCGAUAAUUUGGCGAACGCACAAGAGCUAACAGCAGCCGAAGAGGGUCAAGAGGAAGAGGACAAGGAGAAGCAGAUGCAAGAACUCGAAAAGGAAAUGGAAGCUCUGCAAAUGCCUGACGGUACUGGGCCAAAAGUUGAAAUAUCACCCAAUAGUUCGUCGCAAAAUUUAGGUGGUAAGGGAGAAAAACAGGCGUCCGAAGAGAAAAAACAGGAGGACGACGAAGACACGGGACCAAAACCAAUGCUGCCAUAUUCCUCCAUGUUUAUAUUAUCUCCGACAAACCCUGUAAGGAGAGGUGCCCAUUGGGUCGUUAAUCUUCGGUACUUCGAUUUUUUCAUAAUGACUGUAAUAUGUUUGUCAAGUAUAGCACUUGCAACAGAGGAUCCAGUUGAGGAAGACUCGUUAAGAAAUGUUGUGUUGGAUCACUUCGAUUAUGCUUUCACGGGCGUCUUUACGAUAGAGAUGAUACUCAAGGUCAUUGAUCUGGGUAUCAUACUCCAUCCCGGCUCGUAUUUACGCGAGUUCUGGAAUGUGAUGGACGCAGUGGUUGUAAUAUGUGCCGUUGUAUCAAUGGGUUUUAAUAAAGCGGGUCACUCAGCGGGUCAAAAUUUAUCAACAAUUAAAUCAUUACGUGUUUUACGUGUGUUAAGACCAUUAAAAACAAUAAAACGUGUGCCGAAACUAAAAGCAGUGUUUGAUUGUGUCGUUAACAGUUUAAAAAACGUCAUUAACAUUCUCAUCGUGUAUAUAUUGUUUCAAUUCAUCUUUGCUGUAAUAGCGGUACAAUUGUUCAAUGGUAAAUUUUUCUACUGUAACGACGAGAGCAAACGUACCAAAGAAGAAUGCCAGGGUUCGUAUUUUGUUUUCGAGGAAGACUCAUCACUGCCGCAAUCGAGAAACCGAACAUGGCAGCCACAAAGUUUUCAUUACGACAAUGUAAUGGCCGCUAUGUUGACCCUAUUUGCUGUGCAAACUGGUGAAGGUUGGCCGCAAAUUCUUCAACAUUCUAUGGCUGCAACUCACGAGGACGAGGGUCCGAUUCACAAUUUUCGUAUCGAAAUGUCCAUAUUUUACAUUGUAUACUUCAUUGUAUUUCCAUUCUUCUUCGUUAACAUAUUCGUCGCUUUGAUUAUUAUUACAUUUCAAGAGCAGGGUGAGGCUGAGUUACAAGAUGGUGAAAUUGAUAAAAAUCAGAAAUCGUGUAUAGAUUUUACAAUAGGGGCGAGACCUCUCGAAAGAUAUAUGCCGAAUAAACGUAAUAGUGUAAAGUACAAAAUAUGGAAAAUCGUCGUGUCAACGCCAUUCGAAUAUUUCAUCAUGAUACUCAUCGUUUUAAAUACACUCCUACUUAUGAUGAAGUAUCACGAGGCGCCUCCGGUUCUCUUGGACAGCUUGACCAUUGUGAACAUAGUCGUCACUCUUCUUUUCUUCAUUGAGUGCAUCCUUAAAAUCAUCGCCUUUGGAUGCAAGAAUUUCUUCAAAGAUCCAUGGAAUACAUUCGACUUAAUUACGGUCAUUGGAAGUAUCGUGGACGCUCUUGUUGUAGAAUUCGGGCAAUACAUAUUCAAGUCCGACAAUCCGUCUGAUCCAGAGUGUAAUUUUCUUUGUCUCCUACAGGAAAAUUUCAUCAACGUCGGGUGUCUUAGGCUCUUUCGUGCUGCUAGACUGAUUAAAUUACUCAGACAAGGAUAUACAAUACGAAUUUUACUUUGGACAUUCGUACAAUCCUUCAAGGCAUUGCCUUACGUAUGUCUACUUAUAGCGAUGCUUUUCUUCAUUUAUGCAAUUAUCGGAAUGCAGGUUUUUGGAAAUAUUGCGUUGGAUCCCGAUACCUCGAUAUAUGAACACAAUAACUUUCAAAGUUUUAUACAAAGUCUAAUGUUACUAUUUCGGUGUGCGACGGGUGAAUCGUGGCCAAGUAUUAUGUUAUCAUGUAUAAAAGAACGUAAAUGUGAUCCAAGAGCUAAACCAUCGCCCGAAGGAUGCGGUUCAAAUUUAGCUUACGCUUAUUUUGUAUCUUUUAUAUUUUUCUGUUCAUUUCUGAUGCUUAAUCUCUUUGUCGCUGUUAUUAUGGACAACUUCGACUACCUCACUCGCGACUCAUCGAUUCUCGGUGCCCAUCAUCUCGACGAGUUUGUGAGAAUAUGGGCUGAAUAUGAUCCAAAUGCAACCGGUAGGAUCCAUUUCACUGAAAUGUAUGAUAUGUUAAAAAAUAUGGAUCCACCACUUGGAUUUGGUAAUAAAUGUCCAAAUAGACUUGCCUAUAAAAAACUCAUCAGGAUGAAUAUGCCUGUUGAUGAUGAAUGUAAAGUCGCCUUUACAACGACACUCUUUGCCUUGAUUAGAGAAAAUCUCAGUAUCAAAAUGAGAGUCGCUGAAGAGAUGGACCAAGCAGAUGAAGAAUUAAAAGAUACUAUUAGAGCUAUUUGGCCAUUGCAAGCUAAAAAGAUAUUGGACCUUUUGAUACCUAGGAAAGAAGAAUUAUCGAAAGGUAAACUAACUGUUGGUAAAAUCUAUGCUGGCCUGUUGAUCCUCGAGAACUGGAAGACAACGAGGUUUGGUCAAAUAGAACCAGCAGGCGGCCAGACUGAUAACGAUAACGAUAGUGCCGGGCAAACCACUCCAGCCCAGGCGCAUUCAACUUUCUUCAACUGCCUGAUGGACAUGGCCGGGGUGAAUCAUACUGGUGGUAAUAACCACCAUGGAAGCCGAUUAAACAGUCUAGAGCCGCCAAUACAAAAUGGCAAGUCACAGGAUCACAAGGAAUCAUUACACGACGAUGAUGUUGAUGAUGUUGAUGAUGGUGAUGAGGAAGGAGUUUAUGGGGCUCUUCUAGGUCCAGCCCAGAAACGACGACAACGUAGCAUCAGAAAUAAAAAGGUGAACUGGAAGAUGUCUCAUCAGUACGAUAAACUAGGGAGCAGCGGAGAGAGUAGCCAGGGAGUGGGUGGGUCUGGGGUUGUAGUUAACGGCGAGGAACGCGGCCCCGAGCUAGAGCCAUUGCUGGCAGAGUCCUCCCAGGGCCAUCAUCACCACCACCACCACCACCACCACUUUCACCACCGCAACCACUAUGACCGCCAUCACCACCAUCAUGAUCAUCAUGAUAACUACCGAUAUAACUACGAUACCGACAAUGAUUAUAAAUACUAUCAUCACAAUUAUUAUCAUCAUCAUGACAACUACCAUCACCACCGACAACCCUCGUACUAUCAACACCAGAACACCUACGCACCUCGCUCCUCAAUCCGUUACCUCAAGGAUCUACAGGAUGUAGUUAGUGAUUCACGUGUGGGAAGCCUUGAAAGUUUAACGCAUACUGGCGAUCGUCUUCAUUCGCAACCACUUCAUCCACGACUUCAUUCACGAUCACCGAGUUUAAGGAGACAUUCGCCGUUACAUAGAUCACCAUCACCAUCGAGAAGACCAAGGUACGAUCACCAUCAUUCGCAAUUUCAUGACGUUGGUUUUAGCGAUACAGUGACCAAUGUCGUGGAAAUUCAACGGCAUAUUCAUCAUCCACACUCACAGUACAAUCAUCGGCAUAAAAGAGACUAUUACGACCACUACGACUAUUAUGACGAUGGUCCAUGGAGUGCGUCAACGAGUCCCGCGCGGUCGCCAAGUCCCGUGCAUCGAAUGGAUCAUGGGCGCCAUCACUACGGAACAACGAGCUUAGAGCAACGUUCUCGUAGCCCGAGUCCAGCCUCACGACGUCAACCAAUUCACCCUCAUCACCACCAUCAUCAUCCUCAUCAGCACAGCUACCCAGUGCUAGUGACUCGUCGCGGGCAGGGACGUCGUUUACCUCCAACGCCCAACAAACCAUCAACAUUACAAUUAAAACCAUCCAAUAUUAAUUUUCCAAAAUUAAACGCAUCGCCAACUCACGGUCCACACUUAAUGGGACAUCAUCCAUCGGCACAAUCCUCAAUCCAUCAUAUGGGGCAUUCGGUACCAGGUAAUAUACCACCAUCAGGUCCACCUCAAUGUCCAUUAAGUUUCGAGCAGGCAGUAGCGAUGGGUCGUGGUGGUCGUUUACUACCUAGUCCCGUACCAAACGGUUUCAAACCACAGCAAUCACAAACUGCUGGUGGUUUGUCAUCAAGUAAACAAAGGAUACCACGAUCUCGACAUUCAGAUAGCGAUGAAGAUGAUUGGUGCUAGCCAACGUGGGACCCUGGACGGUGGUCCGGUGAUGUUGAUACUUCAUCAAGAGGUCUUUCUGCUUGUGCAUGACGUAUUACAACAACCAUUCCAUCAAUUUAUAUAUCUAUAGGACAUAUUAUUAUUAUUGCAAUAAAUAAUUGUCUUAUUUAUAUUUACGACGACCAGAAGGGGUCAUUUAAAUAAAUUCAUUGGCAUACGAGCCUUUCAUCUAGGACACUAUUAAUUACUUAAUUAUGUAUAUAUACAUAUACGUAUAUAUAUAUCCCUAAUAAAUUUAUCUAUUUAUGUAUAUAAUACGUUUAAAAUAAGUAUAUGCGUAUUUAUACGACGUUUAAUAAUUAAAUCGACUCGAUCAUCUAUUUGUUAAUUUAUAAUAUUAUUUUAAAAUAAAUUAUAUGCCAACUUGUGAUGCAUCCAAAGUUCUGCUGGUCAAGUAAUUCCGGUCGGAUUUAAAACUAUAUAAAUAAUGAGCCGCUUUUUAUACGAUUAUUCAUGCUCUCGAUCAACUGACCAGCAGAACUCGUUUCUACUUCACGAAAGAAGUUUAUGGUUUUAAUUAUAAUUAAAUAAAUUAAUUGGUUAAUUAAUUUACUAUUGGAUGCGUAAUAUGAUGGCAUUUUAUAAACUAAGUUGGGUAAGUGUGAGCCGGAUUCUCACUACAAGAUAAUUAUUUAAUUACGAUAAUCGUGUCAGUGAUUCGUCUCCGAUUAUCGUGAUUUAAAUAAGAAUCGAGAUGAAAAUAUAAAUAUUAUAAAUAUUAUACAUAAAUAUAAAUAGAAAGACAAGAAAAAAAUAAUAAUGAAGCAAAUCGAUCAAGUGCUUAUUAUAUUAAUAUAUAAUAAUAAUAAAAGACUUUUAAUUAAAUUUCUCAUAAUAGAUUGUCACACUGCCCGGGUCACCGGGGUCAGCUAUCAAAUAAAAUAGAGCUUGAAAAUAAUCUGAGGACUGACAACUGAAAGCGAUCUCGGUGAACGGUUUAAAUAAAAACAAAAAAAGUUACGCAAGAUUAAGAAUAAAUAAAAAAUAAAAUACUAAUUAUAUGAUAAAUAAAUUAUUUAAAAAAAUCCAAAAGUGCGAUCGUGUAGGCGAGUUUAAUAAAAUAUAAAUAUAUGUUUAAAUCCUCGCCUCUAUUAACGCGUAAAUCAUUGCGUCGUUUAGAUAUCACUCUCGUGUUUUCACUACACUUUAAAUAAAUUUAAUUAAAUCCUAACUAGAUUCUCUAGUAAUUUAAUUAUUAUUGUGUAAUAAAUUAUGAGUAAAUACUUAUGGUAGUUAAUGAAAUAAUUUAUUUAAAUAAUAAUAAUAAUAUAAUAAAUAAAAGUGAAAAAGGAUUUAAAUAUAAAUUUAAUUGUGAAAAAGAUGACUGAGAACAAUUGAGACUCUGAUUAAGCGAAAUUGAUUUUUUAAGAUUUAAAUAUGUAAACAGGGUUUGAAUUUUUCCGACUUAAGGAGGUUUGAUGACUAUUAUUUAGAUAAUAAAUGCAUCGAAUUUUUUAUUGUAGCUAAUGCCAAAUUUUUCUAGUCUUUUUUUUAUUCAGGGUUGAGGUUCACGGGAUUCGCUUCGUAAUUGGUUACAAAUAAUUAAUAAAUAAUAAAACAAGACAUUAAUAUAAAUAAUUAAAUAUUUAAAUUCAAUAAAAACAAAUUAUUAAACUUAAUUACUAUUUGUUGUAACAAUUUAUUAGUAAACUUUUUAAUUAAUUAAAUAUAAAAUUUUAUUAAAGUCUGCUGUUAAGGUUAAAGUAAUUUGGGGAUAUGCGCAUGCGCGGGUAAUAUUCACGGUAGUAGUGCGCAUGCGCAUUUAGAUAUUAAAAGAGUGGGGACAGGGAUUCGCGCAGUUGUUGAUCAGCCGUCGACUCGAAUAGAUGGAUUAAAUAUUUCGUUUUAUUUAAAUAGAAUGAAAUAAAAUUGAUUGAGUCUAUGGAAGAGUUAAAAUUUAUUAAAAUUUUACUUUUAAUUAUUAAUAUUAAUUAAAAUAUAUGUUAUAUAAAAAAACGUUAAGUAUUACUGUCCUUGAUAUUAUUGUUAAAUUUAUUUAAUGUCUAUGCUUAAAUAUUUGAUUCAUUCGUGGGUUAAUAUUUCUAUUAAUUAUUCGUGUGCUUACAAUUUGAAUAAUAUAUGAUUACAUAAAUCCACGAAUGGAAUAAAUAACUAUUUGUUCAAAAUUAUAAAUCGUGUGUUAAUUACUGUUGUUUAUUUUAUAAUAAUAAUAUUGAUAUUAAUAAUGAUAAUUAUGUAAUUUGAUCAAAAUUUUUAAAUAUUUGAUAUACUGCCAUCCGUAAAUUGCGUAUAAAUCAUCCAUAAUUGUAAAUUUAUCUGGCAAAAAUUAUAAAAAGAAAAAAAGUAAAACAAAAAAAAUAAAUUUAAAUUAAAAAAAAAAGUAAUCAGCAUAAAUUUAUUUGAUUAUUUUUUUGUUUUAAUAAUUUUAUUUAAAAAUUGUUCCAUAUAUUUAUUUAUUAUAAAUUAAUUUGAAUCACGUGAUUUUCUUCCCUAUGAACUUUUUUUUUUUUUUUAAUAAGAAUAUAAAUAAUUUGAAUAAAGUAAAUUUCAAAAGUAGAAUGACGGGCGUUUAAAUGUGUAAAAUUUAUAAUUAACGAUGUUUUUCUGUGAUAAAUUAAUACCCAAAUUGUAGGAUGCAUUGACGCGUAAAAAAUAUUCCUCCUUCCAAAUGAGUUAAUAAAUAAAAUUAAAUAAAAGAAAAAAAAAAAUUAAUAAAUCUUAAUUUUGAAUCAGACCAAAUUUAUAAAAUAAAUAAUGAAUUGAAUAAAUAAUAAAUCGUAAAUUUAUUUAAAUAAAUAAAUUGAGAAUAUAAACAAUUGUCUAUGCUACAAAGACAAACAAAAGACUACUGUAGAUAAUUGUACGAUUGUUUACAUUAAAUACAUAAAUAAAUACCGUGAAUGACAGAGCUUGUAUGUAUGUAUAAAUUUAUAAUUACAAUAAUAAUAAUAAUAAUAAUAAUAAUAAUAAUAAUAAUAAUAAUAAUAAUAAUAAUAAUAAUAAUAAUAAUAGCAAAAAUUAUUAACAGUCACAAAUGAACGAGAAGAAAUAUGCGCGAUUUAAAUAAAUAGAUGAAUUAAAAAUAAUAAUAAUAAUAAAAACAAUAAGAAAUAAAACGAAAUUCUAGAUAUUUCUAUACAAUUGAAAAUGUUUGAAUUAGAAUUGAUAUGCCGUUUCUUAUACAAUUAAUAAAAUCAUUACGUUUGCGAUAAUUACGUGUUUUAGUAAAACAAAAUAAAAUUUAUAAAAAAGAAAGUCAUCGGUUAGAAUACGCCGCUUUAAAUAUAUAAUAAAUAAUAAUAAUAAAUAAAACGAAUUAUUAUUAAAGCGAAUAUAUAAGACAAUUAAUUAAUAAACAAUAGAUAUAUAAACAUAUGUAAAUAAAUAUUUCUCCCAUAAAUAAUUUGCUAUAUUCGAUCGUCUUCAUGUAACUUAACAUUAACUAAAAAAAAAAAUUAAAAAAAAAAAAAAAAAAAUUACAGUCAUUACAUUGGAGUCAAAUUUAAAAUUGUAAAUUAUCUGCCAGUUUUCUUAUAAUUAUUAAUUCAUUAAUUGAUAUUGAACUAAAACGAUUUAUUAAUUGUUGAAUAUAAUAAAACAAUAA